AUGAUACUUUGCAGGGCCCUGAUUGCCGCUGUUGGCGCGGCUCAUCUGGUGGCUGCACUGAAUGUUCCUUUAGAGCAAGCAGCGCACCCACUUCCUACGCUUCUCGAUGCCACGCUCGACGAACUGCGGCAGGGGCUUGAUAGCGGCAUCUUUACCAGCUCUGAUCUUGUUAAGGCAUACCUUGCUCGUAUCGACGAAACAAACUUGGAGUUGCAUGCCGUUACGGAGGUCAACCCAGAUGCCCUUGCUAUCGCUGAGGCGUUGGACAAGGCAAGAGGGGGGCGACUUAUGACAGAUCAACCUUUGUAUGGAAUCCCCAUUCUGCUAAAAGAUAACAUCGCUACCAACGACAAAAUGAACAAUACUGCUGGAUGCGAGGCUUUGCUUGGGGCCAAGGUCCCAGAAGAUAGUACAGUUGCUGCUCGACUGCGAGCGGCUGGAGCAAUUAUCCUUGGCAAGGCAAAUAUGGAUCAAUGGGCUGGCUUUGAACAAUCCGGACCGGACUACGGUGGUAAGGUGGUGGGCGCAUAUUCACCUCGACAGUACCCUAUGGGAUCGUCUUCCGGGAGCGCCGUAGCGGCAUCUAUUGGCCUUGCUUGGGCAACCGUUGGGACCGACACGACAGGCUCAAUUACUGGUCCUGCUGGAGCAAAUAAUAUUGUCGGCCUCAGACCAACAUUAGGACUGGUUCCUCGACAUCUGGUUAUCCCAUACUCCGAACAUUUCGAUACAGUUGGCCCAAUGGCCAGGACGGUCAAAGAUGCUGCGUAUCUUCUCUCGGCAAUAGCAGGUCCCGAUGAACGCGAUAACUAUACAUCCGCAUUUCCAUUCAGUCAGGUGCCUAAUUACGUCGGCGCGUGCAACACUUCCGGUCUCAAGGGAAAGCGUAUCGGUCACGCUCGUUAUCUCCACACGAAUGUGUCGUGUGCGGUUGACGAGAGUGCACUAAAGGUUCUUCGAAAUGCAGGUGCCGAAAUAGUUGAUAUAGCCUUCGACGGUCGAGACGAUGGUCGAACCAUGGAUAGACUUCAAAAUGUGUUGUCGGAUCACUACUUGAAUAUAGCCCAGAUCGACUUCAAGGCGAAUCUUGCGGAAUAUUUUUCGAAAUUGAUCACAAAUCCAAACAACAUCACCUCUACCGUUGAUCUCGUACGAUAUACUCAGGACAAAUAUCCAAAUUAUUGGAACGACCCAGCGAAUAGUGGGCACUUACCAUACCUCGAGACGCCGCCGUUGAACAACUCUGAGGCAUCUCGCUUAGUCUGGGGAAACUUUUCACGAAUGAAGUCUGCUGCUAGUCAAUAUGGGUUUUCGGCCGCAUUCAACAAGGGCGAAGUCGAUGCAUUCGUCAUACCAUUCUGCGACACAUACAAUCGUCAAAUUUAUGCCAACGGUCAACCGUUCAUCACAGUACCUUUUGAAAGGCUCAAAGACGAUCGUUAUGCGACAGACAAAAAUGGUCUGAUGGUGUACGGCACUAACUAUCCUAUGGGAAUCACUUUCUUGGGGCCUCAGUGGAGCGAAGAACAACUAUUGGGCAUCGCGUAUGCGUUCGAGCAAGAAACUAUGUUCAGAAAAAACAUGACGCCUUAUAUCAAGCCUACGUCCGAAUUAGAAGCGAGGGUAAGGCGACGAGCUUUGCGCUCUUAG